AUGGCCGAUAACACGGAUCCAGAUACCGCUUUGAUUGAAAACUAUCAAGGGUUCUUUCGAGAAGACUUACUGAAGAAUAAAGUUGCGAUUAUAACAGGUGGCGCUACAGGAAUAGGAUUUACAAUCGCUGAGGUUUUUAUGAGGCAUCAAUGUGAUACAGUUAUUGCUAGUCGUAAAAUUGACAAGUUAAAAAAGGCUGCAAAGAUUUUAGAAGAUGCUACUGGUAGAAGAUGUCUGACAGUAGUAAUGGAUGUAAGAAAGCCUCAGGAAGUAGUUCAUAUGGUGGAACAAGCACUCAGUCACUUUGGUAAAAUAGAUAUUCUGGUUAACAAUGCAGCUGGUAAUUUCCUAGCACCAGCUAAUAGUUUAUCUUUCAAUGCUUUCAAGACAGUCGUUGACAUUGAUACAUUGGGAACAUUUAAUGCCACUAAAGCUGUGUAUGAUAAGUAUAUGAAGGACCAUGGUGGUGUGAUCCUAAAUAUAAGUGCAACCUUGCAGUAUAAAGGAACUAUAUUUCAAACUCAUGCGGCUUCAGCUAAGGCAGCUAUAGAUGCCAUGACCAGAAGUCUGGCAGUUGAAUGGGGAGGUCAGGGAAUCCGUAUCAACUGCCUUGCUCCAGGACCAAUAGAAAACACUGAAGGGAUCCGAAAACUUGCUGGUCUUGCAUUAACUGACACAAAAGGUCGAUAUAUUCCACUUGGUCGAAUGGGUACGAGGGAGGAGAUUGGAGAAUGUGCUCUGUUUCUCGCUAGUGGCGCAUCCUCAUUUAUCACUGGAACUGUUAUCGUAGUUGAUGGUGGAAGUUGGAUGACAUCAGAGAAUUCUAUGGUUCAAGCUGAGCAAGUACUUGAACAAAUGUCAAAAUCUAGACUUUGAUAAUGUAAUGGAUUACGAGAGUCUUGUAGCCAGUAUGGUUAAUGAUUUUGAUAAACCAUCCAGCCACAUGCAUUAAUGAAGUGUACAGUCAAGUCUUUGAUUUCACUACAUUACAUCUU